CUCAGAGCGCAGAGCGCACAGCCGGCUGUCACCGAGAGGAGCUCCACCACCUUUACGGGAUUUCAAAGACAAAAGAGUGGAUAAACUGAACCAACAAGGAAUCCACACAGGUGAGGUGAAGACAAGGACAGGAUCUGCAUCUGCCCCAUCUGUCCAUCAACAAACCAAGUGCCUCAGUGCCGGCCACCCUCAGGUCACCUCAACCACGAUAGACGCCAAACAACAAAAGUCUUGACCUGGCGUCCCUCAGACAGCCUGCGCAAAGCAAAUAUUUGAGGCCAUUAUAUCUAAUUUCUCCGGGCAGCCGUCACUGAAAAGAUCAACAGUGAAGGGUGUUGUUGGGAGACAGAGAGAGAGAGAGAAGAAAAAGUGGGGGAGGAAAAAGUAACCCUUUCAAAGUGCACCCUGCCUGCUAUUUCUGCUGCGUUGUGGGCAGGGAGCGUCUCAUUUGGGAGUGCUCUUGGCUGACAAAAAAAGGACUUCCCUGUGCCCUGCCUGCCUAUCCAAAUGCCUGUGUAAAUACUGGAUAGAGAUAUCAAUUUGUCUGGGCUCUGACGUUGCCCAACAAAGAGGCUCUAAGCUAUCUAUAGAAAACGUUACAACAAAUUUGGACUCUGUGGUCUCCCGAAUUGCCACCUAUCUAUUACCCCCUCAAGGAAGACUUGGGUGCUGUGAGAACAGGAUUGAGUUCUGCCACAGUUUUCUAAAAUACUUCUAACAAACUCACUCAUUUGAAAUUUUCAAAGGGCCAACACCUGCUCUCUGGGGGACACCAGAAGCUGUUGGUGAUUUGGGGCUGCAGUUUUGAUGUCUCUCCUAGCUCACUGAGUCAACAUGAAGCCCCUAACGCCAGCUGGAUCCCCCUCUCCUCUGAGACUCCUCAACAAGGGUCCAGACUACCUGCGUAGGCAGAUAGACGGUGGAGGCCACGGUCGCACAAUCAGCGCUGUGGAGAGGCUCGAGGCGGACAAAGCCAAAUAUGUAAAAAGCCAGCAGGUGAUCAACACCAAGCAGGAACCUGUGCUGGUGCCCUGUGCCACCCCACCACCACAACCACGACGAGCUAUUGCCAUCCCCGGCAGCCUGACGCCUCAUCUUCCCCUGCGAUGCUCAUCCAACACCCCUUUCUCCACACUCUCCUUCAAGUCGAGAGAUGAGAAUGAAAAUGACGACUCCAGGAAGGAGAACAGACGGACUUCUGUUGACGUUGAGGCGCAUAACAGGAGCAAUGUGAGCAAUGCACUGCCUCCUAUUCCCAGGACUCCUGGAAUUAACACUUUGGUAGCGCCACACAGCGCCCCUGUGCUCAGGAGAAGCACAGGCAAACGCAUGCUGAGGCCAGACUCCCUCGUCAUUUACAGGCAGAAGAAGGAGUGCAAGAGCCCCAGCGGUGCAGCAGUGGGAGAGAACAACAACACGGAGGUGAAGGGUUACAGUUUUGUCCGCCGGCUCUUCCAGGGCUCCAUGAGGGAGAAGAGUAGCGGAGGUGAGGGCAGAAUCCAGAAGAUGGUGAUUGGUGAAGAGAAAGCACAAUCACGGGAUGGAGACUCCCGCAUGUCUUGGACCAAUGACAAAGACGCUUUAGAUGGAGGACCAGGGAGCAGGAGGUCCAGUAAAACUGACCAAGAACGCAGCCCGGGGUCGAUCCCCAGUCCUGGGUUUGGCUGUGUGCUUGAACGGACUAAAAAUGGAUUUACAAAUGGUACCAGUGAUGGUAUCACCAAUGGCAACCACUCAAGUAACCACGAUGAUGAGAAUGACCCAUGGAAGCGGGCGUCACCCACACCAACGCCCAGAAGGCACGUUGGGGAGUUGCGGCGCUCCCAGUCUGACCUGCGUCUGCGCUGCUCAGUGGCGUUAUCAGAGCAGGAGCAUUUCUUUGACUUCUGCGGACUAGAUGGGGACAUGAUAGAGCGUUUGGGUCGAGAGAAUUUCCUCUCUGGUGCCAGCUCCAUAGACACACUCUCUUUGGCCCUCCGAAGUGUAGGCGGGGACGGCUGCGGCGGCUCAGAGCCCAGCGAGUUCUCCCAGCACUCAGGAGAUGGGCUGUUUCAGGAGGAGCUGGCUGAGCAGGUUCCCACUGGUGUGUCAAUUAUCGAGAGGAACGCUCGUGUCAUCAAGUGGCUUUACGGGUGUAAGAACGCUGCUCGAGAAGGACCUAAAGAGUCCACUGUUUAAUAUAGGGACAAAGGACCAUGUGACAUGGAGUGCUAAGGGUCUGAAGGUGUUCUUUUAAAACUUUUCUGGUUGUUUUUUGAUAAAACAGUCCGCCAUGGGAUCCAGACAUUCUUACUGAGAGACAGGGAACUCAUCAGUGAAUCACCUGGUUCAGACCUUCACCCUUGUGCAGAAAUUUGCAGUUAUGAUGCACUACAAACCAAAAGUUGAAGCAUUGAAUCAUGACUGACUUUCACUUGAUUUUCAAAAUAACAUUCAGGACAGGCUGUUAUUAGCUCACAGCAAUCCGUCAUAGAAAGAAAAAAUAGGACUUGUUUCUAUUUUUGAGCCGCAAGCAUCAAUGCAAGUCAAAGCUGCCAGCAAAAUAUGACUUCUUUUUAGUUGACGUAGAGUUUGUUUGCAUGUAGAGUUAGCACUCCAUGGCACAUGAGUCCUUCACUCUCCCUGACUCCAAAGAGACUGUUUCUUCAAAAGAGAGGACAACAACUGCUACUAGUUAUCUUCGGUCAAAUUGAUGUUGUAUUUAUAGAUCCUAUUGAGUGAGUAUGAACAGACCUUACUGAUGAAUGAAACUAUUUCUCCCAGCAACAUGUUUUGUGUGUGUGUGGCUGUGUGUGGUGUAGAUGUUGCCGUCCUGUCCAUUUGAAGCUUUUUUUCAGUGAUUAACAGAACUGAUCUGAAAUCAGCCCCUGUGACACCUCACGAGGCACAUAAGUGUGUGUUUGUCAUGACACAGCGGACACAGUUGUGUGUCCUUGACACCAACACUCUCCCGUAAUGACUAAAGUAAAAUGGAAAACCACUAAGCUAUGUUUUUUUUUCUAAACUGGAAAACUGUUGUGUGAGUGUGAAGUGAACCAUGAGUACCUCAUUCGGAUCUGUCCCAGUUUGGUUUGUGUGUUGCUUUUUUUUUUUUUUACUUAAACGCAGGCGUUGGAACAAACAUGCGAGGCACCCCUGUGGGGUUGUAAAUGCACUGAACUGGACAGAGAGAGUAAAUGAGAAAUAGAGAUAAAGCUUUGAUCCUUUGAAGAGAUUCAUCUCACAUAACGUUUAACACUGAGCUGGAUUCAAAGGAGCACCUGCAUUGUGGAAGACAAGGAGCCAUGCCAGGCCAGUAAUUUCCAUGAUUUUCAUCUCAUUUUGUAAACCCUAAAGAUUCUCACACAGUAUAAACACUGUCCAGUAGUCACUUGUGACACAAACAUUGAUUGCUAAUGCUUCAUGUGUGUUCAGUGCUCACAGUUGUGUAAGCUAUAUGGCUGCAAGAGGAGUAAUAGAUUCCUGUCAAAUACAAGCACAAUGAAAAUCAAAAUCUCACAAAAAGGAGUUUUUAAAACAUUUCAUUCAAAAAAUACAUCCAAAAUUGAAGACCUUUACUGCAAAAUGUUUUAGGAUGUCACUUUCACCAUCUGGAUGUUUAACCUUCCCAGCUGGCUCAGUCAGCACGUUUCCCAUCAAAACAAGCAGGGAAGGCUGAAGCCGCCCUCCUUUCUCUGAUAACCACAGAUCCUACCUCACGUCAUCCAUCCUUCAGUGGUUCUCACUUUAUCUCCAUGAAAGGUCAUUUCCAUUCCUUGACCUGGAGGAUGCCUCUGAAAUAUGAACUGGGGGUUCUGCCGAGGUAUGCAGAGAUUAGACUGACAGGCGCUCUGGACUGAGGAUUACUGAACCUGAGGGCACGAUAAAUUUGUACAUGUGAUAAAUUAAUAUAGUUAAUUGCAGCUUUGAUAUGUUUUAUUUUCUGUAUUUAUCUUCAGCAUGGCACACUCCUGAAAUUCCUUCAACCUGGACUUUUUUGUUUUAGAUCUCCCUGUUAACCAUUUGGUUGCAUGUUUACAAAGUGGCUCCAUGAAAUUCUGAAUCUCUUUUUUUAUUUGAUAUAUAUAUAUAUAUAUAUAUAUGAGAGAUUUAGUUUUUAUUCCAAA